AUGUUGGACUUAAUCACUCCUAUCGCACUCUUAGCCGCAUGCACUGCUACAUGAAUAUACUACAGCUGGGUCGAAUUACUCAUUCUACUAGUUGUCUCCUACAUUCUCCUCUGCAAGGUACCCCAGCUUUUUGGUUUAACUGUCCCAAAUGCGGGAGAUGCAAUUUGGAUUCCUGACAUUCCAACAAAUAAACUUCACAUUCAAGGCUGCCUCGUCACAGAAAGAAUGAACAAAGACGAAUUUAUCCAAAUGAUGUCUACCCGUGGCUUCGUGAACGUCGAAAAGUUCAGAUACCGACAUGUAUGGAUCAUGGGCAAAGUUUACUGGAAAAAAGAGACCAACUUCUCAGUCCUCAACCACCUGAAGUACCACACCGAACAAGUCAAGAGCCAAGACGAGCUUUAUAAGAUCUUCGAAGAAAACCUGACCAAGGACUUCCCUAAAGAACUGUCGCCAUGGCAAGUUUUGUUUGUACAGGAGUUCAGAGAAGACAAGAGCGCCAUCAUCCUCAAGUCACACCAUUCUCUCAGCGACGGGCUUGCCCUUGUGUCACUGCUUUUAAGUUUGGCUGACCCAAGACCUGUCACGAACACAUUUAUCAAUUUUUCAAGAGGAAACACCCUCAAGCAGUUCUUCUUCUACGCAAAGUCAAUCAUCAUGUCUCCCCUAAUCUGCUACAAGGUGUUCUCCAAAAAAGAGCCAAACUCCCCAAUCUACGGUAGGCCACUUACAGGCAAGAAGUCUUUUGCAUGUACUGAGCCUCUGCCUCUGCCUUUCAUUAAGAAAUUCUGCGAAAAAGAAAAAAUUUCCAUAAAUACCUUUAUAUUGACUAUUGUGUCCGCAGCCAUACAAAAGUACUUUGAAGACUGCAAGGAGCACAUAGAGUCCAUAAGGGCGUGCCUUCCAUUCAGCAUGAGACCUCUGCCCAGAGAUGGAAGCAUUUUGCCAGCGAAAAACAAUGUUUCGCUUUUGCUUUUCCGGUUCCCAACCGACAUUAAGCCAGAAGUGAAUAAGUUUCAGCUAGUUAAUAAUCUCUGUGGGGAGCUAAAGAACUCAGUGGAGCCUUUCGCGAAUAAUUUAAGUGCGAGGUUCUUUGGCGCUUUCCUGCCAAUGUCACUUGUAAGUCAUGUUGUGCAUUCAUUUGGGGAUCGAACUAGUUUCAAUUUCUCAAAUGUCCCAGGACCUACGAUGGCGCUGUACGCAAUGGAAAAGAAAAUCCACGAGAUGUUCUUUUCAGCUCCAUGCGCUGGAAAGACCGGACUGUCUCUCAACUGUUUUUCAUAUAAUAAUACAAUUGUGUUCGGCUGCACUGCUGAUAGAGGAGUCAUACCUGAAGCAAGAGUUUUGCUGAAUUACAUGCAAGAAGAAGUGUCUAAACUUAGCUAA